UUUGUGUACGUCGACUCACUACAUCGCAACUUAACCGACUUCUAUUUAACGCUAUUCUAAAUCUUACAAUUGUUUCUGCGUUUACAUCAGCGAGCAUAUUUAAAUGCAUAUAUUUAUCUAAUUGAUAACACGUGCGGUUUUGACAAUGGAAAGUAACAGCAAAGAGGGAAACAGUGGAAAACCACGCGAAACAGUGACGUUGGUUCUCAAAGAGGAGCGAUUCGAAGUUGAGAAGCAAAAAUUGAUCGACAAGAGUCAGUACUUUGCUGCGCUUUUAUCCGCGAAUUUUCUAGAAUAUGGACAGACAGAACACAUUGUCAACUAUGAUAUUUCCUCGAUUUUGCUGCAGGAUUUUAUUGGUUGGACUCAUGACAAAAUUGCAUUUACAUCUGCAACAAGUUAUGACUUUGAAGAGCUUGAUCGUCUCUUGAGUUUAUUGGAAUUAGGCAUUCUAUUUGCAGCAGAUAAAUUAAUAGAAGAUAUAACCGACAGGCUUGAGAGACAUUUUAUGUUACCAAUAUAUGCGAUUAAAAUUUGGUUACUGGCACAAAAAUUAAAUAUUAAUGUGCUACGAGAUCUUUCUUUGGCUGUUUGCUUAGAUCGUUUCGAUGAACUGCCACUCGAUUCAAUUUAUGAGUUGUCGAAAGAGCAUUUUAUGAAGUUAAUUGGAAACAUCAAUUUAAGAGCUACAGAAUCUCAUUUGCUUGAUAUUACACGCGAGUGGAUGAACCAUCGUCAUGAUUUUACAAUUCCUUUAUAUAUCUUGGAGAAGAAGAAACAAAAAAUUUUACAGGGUAUUAUAUCUUGUGAAGAUAAUAAUGGUGAACAAUAUAUUCAUUGCUGGGAUGGUAAUGAUUUUUUUGAGUUAACUUCAUUCAAAUAUCCUCCAGAUAUUGUCGAACAUUCCAGCAUUAGUAGUUCUCUUGAAGGAAUGCAAAUCACUGCGAGAAAAUACCAAUUAUAUCUUUGUGGUGGAGAAUAUGGUAUUGGUUCAGGAAUAUUCAACAAAAAUGUAUGGCGUUAUUCUUUGAUAUCUAAGAAAUGGAUUCUUGAGACAAUUAUGCCAGUUGAAAGAAGAAAUAUGAUUACUGUGUUUUUGAAAGACAAAUUGCAUCUGGUAGGAGGUGUGGGACGGUAUCAACAAGAACUGAAGACUAUUGAUAUCUACAAUAUUUAUACAGGUGUGUGCACAUCAUCACGUGCGAAGAUACCUUAUACGUUUACUAGUGUUCCUGAUCAUUUCAUUUUUAAUGAUAAAUUAAUUAUAUGUGGUAUAUGUGAUAUAUAUGAUGAUAUCUUGAUGAAUAUUCUCUAUAUUUAUCUCCCUGAUGAGGAUGUAUGGAAAACAACAUUAUUGGAACGUAUAAAUUCAGAUUUAGGAUUAUUAACUUUCAUCCCAUCUGAUACACCGCCAAUAUUGACGCUUAAAACUAUGUCGUGCUACAUUGAUGUUGUUGAUCGAGAUAAAAUGGUUUUAAAAACUAUUGCACAGACAUGCAACGUGGAAGGUUGUAAUAACAUAAUAAAAACCUUUUCUCGCUCAACCCUUGAAACGGAAAAAAAGAGUGAUAUGUACGAAGAAGAUCAUUUAUAUCCUUUAUUGCCUGUAGAGUGCUAUGGAUGUUCCUUCCUUAUAACUCCAUUCUUUCACGAGUAUUGCAAACCACCAGCUAUACUAUUAUGUACGCGUACUGAGAGGCAUAACUUAUGGAAAUUACACUUACAUAGUAUUCCUAUUCGAGAGCCAAGAAAGUUCCGUUCCUUGUUCUUUACCAAGAAAAACCGAUCUAGAAGAUUUUUUAAUCUACUUCAUCCAGCUGACUUGCAAACCACGAUUUUAGAUCGUAUUUGAUUUGUUUAACGUAAUUCAUUAAUUAAAUAUUUAUUGACCCCGUAUAUUUAUUGUAAGAGAGAAAAAGUAAGAGAUAAAUCUGAAUAAAAAUCGAGAAAAUGCAGUAUAAUAAACGUUUGUAGAAACAUUGCAGAAAACGAACAGUAUUAUGUCUACAUAUUUAGAUAAAUAUCGCGUUGACUUAAGAUUUAUAAAUCGUGAUGUUCUAUUGCUUGUCAUAUUAUUUGAAAAUUGUUAUAAAUACUAAAUAAAAUACUUAACAAUUGUAAUAGCUUUACGCCAUAAUAUGCAAAUCCAGUAAGCAAGAAAUAUCAAGAAACAUUUUAACUACAUUGCAGCAACGUUAUAAUAACG